AUGCGCGUGUGCACGUGCAUGCUCUCAAGACCCUCAGGCCUCUGCCUAUGCCUGGAGGAGAGCAUGGAAGAGCAGGAUGAGAAGCCCCCAGAGCCCCUGAAGACCUGUGCACAGGACUCUCUCCUUCCUCCAGAGAUUAUCAUCAAGGUCGAGAGAGAAGAUGCUGGGUCACUGGCCCUUCCAUCCCAGGAAGGAGUGAACUUCAAAAUUGUGACUGUGGACUUCACUCAGAAGGAAGAGGGCACUUUGAACCCUAAUCAGAGGUGUGAUCCUAGAGAUGUGAUCCUAGAGAACCACAGGGACCUGGUCUCUUGGGACUUGGCAAUGGCACUUGGAAGAAGAGAAUCAACAUCAAAGCAGAACAUUUUUGAUGAUGAACCAUCCCGUGGAGUAAAGUUAGAAAGGUUGACAAGAGAUGAUCCUUGGUUAUCUUCAUGUGAAGAAGUUCAGGAUUGUAAGGGCCAGUUGGAAAAGCAACAGGAAAAACAAGAGAGACUUUUGAAAGAAAUGGCAUUUACUCACAGGAAAGCGAUUACUUAUGAGAGAGUCCAUAAAAGUGAUGAACUUGAGAAGAGUGGUCUGAAUUCCAGUCUUCUUUCACCCCAGAUGAUACCCAUAAGAAACCAUUUUCAUAAACAUGCCUCACAUGUUAAAAAAUUGCAUUAUAAUUCCAUUGUAAACACUCAUGAGAUGAUUAAUGACAGUGAGAAACUCUGUGAGAAUAAUGAAUGUGGAAACCCUCACCAGAACAUUCACCUUAUUCAGUUUACAAGGACUCAAACAGAAGAUAAAUCCUAUGGAUUUAGUGACAGUAUUCAAUCUUUUAGCCAUGAUGUACCCCUAAAUAUACAUCAGAAAAUACACGCAAGAGGAAGAUCCUUAGAUUUUAAGGAAUGUGGGCAAGUUUUGAACCACAGUAUAUCCCGUAAUGAACAACAGAGAAUACCUGUUGAAGAGAGUCAAUAUAACUGUAGUCAAACCUCCCAGAGUUCAUCCCUUGCUCAAAACAUGAGAAACCAUUCUGAAGAGAAACCCUUUGAAUGUAAUCAGUGUGGGAAAUCCUUCAGCUGGAGCUCUCAUCUUGUUGCACAUCAGAGAACUCACACUGGGGAGAAACCUUAUGAAUGUAACGAGUGUGGGAAAUCCUUCAGCCGGAGUUCUCACCUUGUUUCUCACCAGAGAACUCAUACUGGAGAGAAACCUUACAGAUGUAAUCAGUGUGGGAAAUCUUUUAGCCAGAGCUAUGUUCUCGUGGUGCAUCAGAGAACUCAUACUGGAGAGAAGCCCUAUGAGUGCAAUCAGUGUGGGAAGUCCUUCAGGCAGAGCUACAAACUUAUUGCCCAUCAAAGAACUCACACCGGAGAGAAGCCCUAUGAAUGCAAUCAGUGUGGGAAAUCCUUUAUCCAGAGCUAUAAACUUAUUGCACAUCAAAGAAUUCAUACUGGAGAGAAGCCCUACGAGUGCAAUCAGUGUGGAAAGUCCUUUAGUCAGAGUUAUAAACUUGUCGCCCAUCAGAGAACUCACACAGGAGAAAAACCCUUUGAAUGUAAUCAGUGUGGAAAAUCCUUCAGCUGGAGCUCUCAGCUUGUUGCACAUCAGAGAACUCAUACUGGAGAGAAACCCUAUGAAUGUAAUGAGUGUGGAAAAUCUUUCAACCGCAGUUCUCACCUUGUUAUGCAUCAGAGAACUCAUACUGGAGAAAAACCCUAUGAAUGUAACCAGUGUGGGAAGUCCUUUAGCCAGAGUUAUGUUCUUGUUGUGCAUCAGAGAACUCAUACUGGAGAAAAGCCCUAUGAGUGCAGUCAGUGUGGGAAGUCCUUCAGGCAGAGUUCAUGCCUUACUCAACAUCAAAGAACUCAUACUGGAGAGAAACCCUAUGAAUGUAAUCAGUGUGGGAAAACAUUCAGCUUGAGUGCUCGACUUAUUGUACAUCAAAGAACUCAUACUGGAGAAAAGCCCUUUACAUGUAAUCAGUGUGGGAAAGCUUUCAUUAAUAGUUCUAAACUUAUUAGGCAUCAGGCAACUCACACUGAGGAGAAACCCUAUGAGUGUAACUAGUUUGGAAAUCUUUCAGCCAGAGUAUAUUUCUUU